GAAAUGGCAGCUGGCUCACGAUAGCCAAAGCCGCGUCUGUGGUAAAAGCAAAGCGCUGUGUUCGGUUUCUGUGCCGAGCGGUGGAGAGAAUAUUAAAUCCCUGAUGUUCCUCGGGGGAAGCGUGAUCCGAGCAACUGAAGGCGCGGGGUGGAGAGCUGGGAAUCCUGGACUGUGUUCUUGGCUCUGCUGUUAAGGCGCUGCGUGACCUUGGGCGAGUCGGGCAUCUCGCGAAUCCCAGCGCGGGCGCUGGGGCUGGUACUCGCCCAGCGCCCCGGCUCCCUGCGGUGACUGGGGGGGAUGCAGCUGCUCUCAUCCAAGUGCUUCCAAGCUCUGAUCCCACGCUGGGACACGCGGAGCUGCUUUUUGCAGGUGCUGGGCUUGCCUAUGCUCGCCCUCUCCAGAGUUUAAAGCUUACAAAACCUGGCCUUGCUGUUUUCCUUUCUAUACUGGAGUCGGGCAUUAAUUAAGCUGCUAUUAAAUGCCCUGAGGAUGGAAGCUGGAGGCUCCUGUUUUAAAUGCGAAGCAUCUUACAGCUGGAGAGUUUUGUUUUCUGAAUAUGGCUGGGAGCGUACUCAGUGCCCCUUCCUUGUCCCUGUGCCCAAAUAAUUGUCCCGACUAUUGCAGGUGUGCUUUUGCUUCUACUACGCGCCCCGUUGGGUAACUUCUGGUGCAGCUUUUGAGGUUGGAGGGGCGGAAGGGGACGUAAUGGAGGAAGUUGCACAUCUCUGAAGUUUUCUUGAGAGAAACCCGCAGUCAGAAACGUUGCUCCCCUUUCUCCCUGCCUUCUUUAGAGCCGGGUGGGUGCCAGCGCAUGCCGUCCAGGCUCUGCUCUCUCGUGAAGCUGCUUGUUCCUCUCCUAAAAAGGACAGUUAAAUGCCACCCAAAGGACAGCUAAGACCUCCUAAAGCUCCUGUCAAAACAGCGGCGUGGCCACACAGAAGCUGAUCCAGAUGAAGGAUCCAACAUCUCUCUCUCCUCUCUGGCUUGGCUGCUCUGUUUGCAUUUCUCCCCCUCACCUCUAAUCCAGGCUUGGAAGGACUCGUCCCGCUCUCAGCCUGUGGCCGCAGCUGGCGGCCAUGGGGCUCACCCCAGGGUCCCCCCUGACUGCGCUCUCACCGUUCCCCCCAGCUGGGUGCCAUGGCCAUGCUGCUGGGGCUGCUGCUGGCGCUGCUGGGCUGCACCGCGGCGCUGGAUCCUGCCCUGGAGGAGGCCUGGGAAGGGUGGAAGAGCCUCCAUGCCAAGGAGUACCCAGGGGAGGCCGAGGCCGCCCGCCGGGAGGUCUGGGAGAAGAACCUGCGGCGCAUCCAGCAGCACAACCUGGAGGAGUCGCAGGGGCAGCACGCCUUCCGCCUGGCCAUGAACCACUACGGUGACCUGACGGAUGAGGAGUUUAACCAGCUACUCAAUGGCUUCACCCCGAUGUGGCAGGAGGAGCCGGCGCUGCUCUUCCAGCCUUCGGUGGCCCUGAAGACCCCGGCGCAGGUGGACUGGCGAGCGAAGGGCUAUGUGACGCCUGUGAAGAACCAGGGGCACUGCGGGUCAUGCUGGGCGUUCAGUGCCACGGGGGCUUUGGAGGGGCUCGUCUUCAACCGGACGGGGAAGCUGGUAGUGCUGAGUGAGCAGAACCUCAUCGACUGCUCCCGAAAGCUGGGCAACAACGGCUGCCACGGCGGCUACAUGACCCGCGCCUUCCAGUACGUGCACGACAAUGGUGGCUUGAACUCGGAGCACAUCUACCCCUACAUGGCCACGGACACCUCCAGCUGCCGGUACGACCCGCGGGACAGGGCGGCCAACUGCUCCGCCAUCUCUCUGGUGGCCCAGGGCAGCGAGGCGGCGCUGGAGCAGGCGGUGGCGGCUGUGGGCCCCGUCUCCGUGGCGGUGGAUGCCAGCAGCUUCUACUUCCACUUCUACAAGUCUGGCAUCUUCAGCAGCAUGUUUUGCAGCCAGCGGGUGAACCAUGGGAUGCUGGCCGUGGGUUACGGCAUGAGCCAGGAGCAUGGGCGCAACGUGAGCUACUGGAUCUUAAAGAACAGCUGGUCGGAGGUGUGGGGUGAGCAGGGCUACAUCCGCCUGCUGAAGGGCGCUGACAACCACUGCGGGGUGGCCAGCCAGGCCAGCUUCCCUGUGCUGUGAGCCAGGACAGCCCGCCCUCCCUCCUGGGCUGCGGAUCCACGGCUGUUUCCUUCUGGAAAGGGGCUUUUGUUUGUGUGCGGUGAGCAGCGAUUAAAAGUGGCAUGGCUAA